AAAUGGUGGACGAAUUCUAAAAACCACCACAAUUACCUGGCAUCUCACUCUUUUCCUCGUUUCAGCUUUACUUAUUCUCUCCUUUGAGUCAUUCCUCGUCAAAGCAUCACCAAUAAUCAUCAAGUCUGAGAAUCCUGAGAAGUUAUUGCAUAAUAAACAAGAUAAAAGUGAGACCGUUGCUGCUACUUCUAGUUAUUAUCAAUAUGGUUAUGACGACGAUUUCGAUGAGGAUAAUCCUUUUGAUGUGUUGAGCAAUCCAUCUUUCCCAUGGAGCGAUUUGGAUGAUGACGCGUUAUUUUAA